AGUUCCUAGCAAGCAAGAAAUCACUAUAAACACAUCUCUAACUUUUCGGUGGGUAGAUUUUGAACGUUAGCUAGCUUGCUGCAGGAUUUAGCUAUGCUAGUUUGAUAACUAUACAUUAUUUUAGGGAGCAAAGCAGCAUAUUAGCAUCUGCUAUGAAAUUGCAUUCAUUGUCAAUCCUUGUUUUUCAUUUUGGUUUGAAAAUGUAUAUUGGACAUGUUCAAUUCGUCCACUCUAGAUCAAAACAGUUAUCCUACCUAACAACAAAUAUUCACUUGGCGGCAGUUGUGAACCAGUACCAUGUCAAGCAGCAGAGGCGGAGAGACUCCUGCCGGUGGCGGGAGGAAGAGAGACCCAGAGGAGCAUCAGAAGCAGAGGAGAAGAGCUCUCCAAGCCCGCCAUAGAGCCACCCUAGCCAGCCUGUUCGAGACACUAAAAACUGUCGUCUGUCCAACUUCCAACAAAACUCCUGCCAAGUGGAAGAUCUUGGACCAUGCUAAGGGGUUUCUCCGUGAGCAGGAGAGCUACUUAAGCAGACUGCUGAUGUUGAAGGGAAUUUACCUCGGUAACGAAGAUGGGCCACGCAGUUUGAAAGAAGUGCGAGAGGAAUACCGCAAUUUAUACCCUAACUGCAGCUCCUAUCGCUCCAGAAGGAAGGGCUAUGGAAGGCCAGGGCCGGAUGCAGAGGAAGAGGGGGCGGAAGAGAGCAGUGAGGAGGAGGGGGAGGUCAUGGAUGAGUCUGUCCCCUCGCAGUCAUCCGUCAGCUCUGCCCCCAACAUUCUGGAGUUUGAAGGGUACAUGCUGUUCUACAGGCAGACGGUGGAGAAGCUGGUCUACUGUGGCGUGCUGGGGCCUGGCCAGACGGGCCUGCCCGUGGUGUCAGACGCCAUCUCCGGCCUGUGGGACAGCAUGUCCCCGGAGCGCAGGGCCGCCUACCAGAGCUUCGCCCCCCAGCAGGGCCCUCCGUCCUGGGUAGGGCUCUCGGACAGGCCCCCCGGGCCGGAGCCCCACCUCCAGACCUCCCAGGCAGACAGCCAGGGAGCCACUGCCUCCUCCACGUCCACGUACGAAGAGGACCUGCUCCAGGACGCCUGCGACGUGAUGAAGAAGGAGAUGGACUCCUCUGCCAAAGACAGUUAUAAGGCAGAUGACGGCCGUCCGAGUGGUGACCUAGAGAAGCUCAGAGAGGUGGUCAUGGGCCUCGUCAAAACCCAGACGCCCCAGAAGCAGGAAACCCCCCAGAACCUGAGUGUCACUGAUAACUAUGAUGAGCUUCAGCUCAGGUGUUCAGAGUCGUUUGACAGCGAGGACAUGUGAAGAAGACACACGGACAAUUUUUUUCUUCCUCUUUCCAGUACAUGUUUGAGGAGUAAUUCAUGUUUUAUCUUGUUCAGAAAAAGAUAAGCACACCACAAAUGACAGUGGAGCCUUUGUAGCUACUACAUGUUUAAAUGUGUUUGUGGCAUUUGUUUGCAGUGCAUGUUUGAAGUACCAAAACAAGAGAAACACGUCGGCGUUUGUUCGGUAUUUGUGUCCCUUGAAUGUAAAAAUGUGUUUGUUCGAUUUGUUUACAAGUUAUACCAGCGAGUAAGAUAUUCUAUCAGAUGUUUUUUCUUCUUCUUCUGUAUACUCUUCAUCAUUGCUAUUUUAUAUAAACAUAAAAUUGGCAGCUGUUUGACUACCAAGUUGACAUGUUUCUAUUUCGGUUUCGAGUUCUCAUCUCGGUGUGUGACAGGACAUCAACACAUCACCGUCAAUCUUUAAUGAGCGUGUUUAACAGAAGCUGCGCGCCGACU